AUGAACAAACACAUUAGUACCGACAAUCCCCCCAGACUUAACUUGCACCGUCCCUGUGAUACCCCGUCUCAAGGCCUAAAACAUCCCAAAGGCCGGGAUGGGAAGAUCAAGGCUCUGGGAUUGGAAGACAAAGGAGUGAGAUUCACUCUAGAGCUACUUGGGGAAGAUAAGGAUGAGCUAGACCAGUAUGGAGAAGACACUCAGCUACUCAGAUGGAGCCAAAACCGUACGGGCCAAUCAUGUAGCAACAUCCAGCUACUGAAUGAAGACGAAGCAAGCCUAAACCAAUUGGGCAACGACACCAGCUUCUAA